GAUUCCUUCCUUCGCGGAUAAGGCCCGAUCACAGCCGUCCGUUGUGUGAAUAACCAGCGAAGAGGGAGACGGGAGAACAGAGAGCGAGGUUGGAUCGGAGAGUCUCGAUCGAGAUGGCGCAUGCAAGGCGGCAGACGGGGACGGUGAUCUGGUUCAGCGGCGCCAAGGGCUUUGGCUUCAUCGCGCCGGACGGCGGCGGCGAGGAUCUCUUCGUCCACCAGAGCGCCAUCCGGGCCGAGGGAUUCCGGGCGUUGUCGGAGGGUGACGCCGUCGAGUUCUCCGUGGAUCAGGCCGAUGACGGCCGGAGCAAGGCCGUGGACGUCACCGGGCCCAAUGGGGCGGCCAUCUUCCUCGGCGGCGGCGGAAGGGGUGGUUCCGGCGGCAGGGGUAGGGCCGGGGGCGGCGGGUAUGGGUAUGGAGGUGGCUAUGGGGGUGGUGGGUAUGGGAGAGGGUGGAGGAGUGGUGGAAGAGGUGGAAGGAUGGGCGGCGGCGGCGGCGGCGGUGGUUAUGGUGGGGCCGGUGGUGGCGGAUAUGGUGGUGGUGGUGGUGGUGGUGGUGUUGGGCCUUGUUACAACUGCGGGAGAAAUGGGCAUCUAGCUAGGGAUUGCAGACAAGGAGGAGGAAGUGGUGGAGGAGGCGGUGGAGGGGGAGGGAAGUACGGCGGUUAUGGUGGUGCUGGUGCUGGUGCUGCUGGUGGAGGAGGAGGUGGAUGUUACAAUUGUGGAGAGCAUGGCCAUUUUGCAAGGGAUUGCCCCAACGUCAAUUGAUGGAUAGCUUCAUGCACCCACAAAAAAGGGAAAAAUAAGAAAAAGAAUGGUUCUUGUUCUCCUAAUUGAUGAGAAAGGAGGAUUAGCAGUAGAUGGUGAAGAGGUCACGCAAUGUGAAGAAAGAGAAGAAAAGUAGAGAGUAAAAGAAGAGAUGAGGAUGGAAGCAAUCAGAAGAAAGGAAAAGUGUGUGACACUGAAAAUAGUUAUAACUUUAUUAAGUUCUUUUAGAUCUUUAGAUGUCAUGCCUAACAGUAUGAUUCUUAUUGCACUUCACACUCCAGAUCUGAGCCCCAGCAACAUAAAUUUGGGCUUUAUAUGUCAUAUGAAGAACUUUUGUAUCUGCAAACUUUAUACUUUUACUAUCUACUACUACUACUACUACUACUACAAUAAUCACUUGUUGCUAAUGUAGUAUUACUAUUCUAUUGUGCAAGAAUUCCUUUCAUAGGUUUCACAACUGGAGGUGUCAUAGCUGCAAGUGUUCUAUUCUACACCUGCUUUUGUGUUUAACCAUGCAUUAGAGUUUCUGUCAGCCUGAGAUAUCAACUAGGCAACUUAUUUUGGAGCACUUCUUUAUCUUUUGGGCUCUACAACAGCAUUAGAUUCGCCUUUAAUUGCAUUGUCCUCUAGCAGAAAAACAUUAUCAUGACUGUUGAAAACUCCAUUUCUUUUUUACAUUUUUAUCUAAAAAAUGAGUAUCCAGAUUUUGAUAAUAGUACAGAACCAUCCAAUAUAUCAGAUAAUAGCUUUCUUCAUGUUUUGUGCUUGUUUAGAAGCAUGGUCCAUAUUGUUGUCAGAUAUCUUUUCUAUAAAUAUAACAUUUUGUUUAUAUAUGUGUUUUCUUCUUCUUCCAUCUGACCUCUCUUCUCCAGUUCCUUGCUAGAAUAUUGUUGGUCCUACAACGAAAAAUGUAAGGUUUUCAUGUUAAAUUGCAUCUUUCAGAUGCUACUUAAAUGCCAAAAUGCAUGUAGAUCACUAACCAUGCAUGCAUAUGUCAUACUCAUACCUUAGAGAAUCCAUCAAGUAAUUUUUAACUUAAUGAGAAUUUAUUGUCAUGGAAGGAAACUUUAUGCUGCAGCUUGUGACCACAGAACCAUAUUUGUUGUCCAAACUAUACGAUUUGGUGCAUCAUGGCCUCAUGGAUGCCCAGAGUAUAAAUUGCUGAAAGUACUGUUGGGCUAAAUAUUUUCUUUCCUGUGGCUUAUUUAAAGUGAUGCUCCAAUUGCAACAGGAAAUGAUGACAAGUAGCAUUAAACUAAAACAUAAAUGUUUCCAGAAUGAACUGGCAAAUUAUUCGAUGCUGCCGUUGCUUCUGUGAAACUUACCCCACAAACACUGGUAAGAGAAUAUGAAGUCUGAUAGCUUAAUCAACAUAUAAGCUUCUCCUCUCUGUCUUCCCUUGAUGAUUAAAGGGGAAGCCAAGAAAUACUUACUCUGAUCCAUAUCCAGCUGAAGGGAAUAAUUUGUGUGCAGUAACUUGUGCUUAUAUAUACAGUGGAGAAACUGUGGAUUGCCCUUUCUAUGCUGUAAGGAACAUCUUCCAAGCAGAAGCUUUGGUUAAGAGAUCAUGCUGAAGAAUAUGGCCUUAACCUCAAAAGGCUACUCAAUAUAUUUUUAUUCUUUAUGGAUUAUAUAAAUUUCAAGUAACUAUUCUGUUUUAUA